GUGAGUCCGGACGAUAUAGCUGCGCUUCGGGUUUGACUUUGUCUUCUCAAACCAUCAAAUUGAACCACACCUUCAGAUAGGCUAUUUCUCUAAUUUAUACAGACAUGAGGCAUGUCACUUGUAGAAUCGGCUGCUUCGUUGCGGCCAGUUCAAUGCCGAAAGAGAACACCCAUGCUAGUCCGGCCUGGUCGAUUGUGUGCUGGGAUCUUCCAGUUAUUAUAUCCUAAAGGUUUUCUUCCCUCGGCUUCCGCGUUGUCACCCAAUUUUGCCUACUUUCUCUAUCUACGCCGUUUCCAGAUCUCUUUUGGUUUCUUCACAUCCCAUUUCCCGAUUCUUCUCUACUACUUCCCUCGCUUGAGUUCUUUAUUACUUCUCUCGCUUCUCGAUUCUUUCUUUCUUCCCUUGCUUCUCGAUUCUUUAUUACUUCCCUCGCUUCUCGAUUCUUUCUUUCUUCCCUUGCUUCUCGAUUCUUUAUUACUUCCCUCGCUUCUCGAUUCUUUAUUACUUCCCUCGCUUCUCGAUUCUCCUGUUUUCUUCGAUUUUCCCAAUUCUCAGAACUCUCCAGAUCUCUCCGUUUUUUCUCAGACCUCCGUCAUCCUUAAUUUUCCCUUUCCUCCAAUCUCUUCUCUUUUUCCUGUCCCCCAUGUUUUGGUCCCAGACCGACUUGGAGACGCAUCGCGGCUUAUGUAUACUCCAUCUACUCCAGCACCAUGGCCCGAGAACCCCGGUCUUUCCACAUGGAAAUUAGGUUAUACCCCUUUUUCUGCCAACCCUCCCACUUAGCUGUCGCCAACGCUCGUUUCUGAAACUCCAUACAAACCCAAUGAAAACGAUAGACUACCAGCAGCUCCGCGCAUGCUUGUAUCUGCGCAUUCCUCCAUCGGACUUCAUGGCCCACGACAUCUCCGCCAUUUUGGACGAGCAGAGCCAGGAGAACGUGGCACGUGACCUCGCCGUCAUAGCACAGUCCAACUGCUUCUACGUCAAGCUUUUUUUGGCGC